AUGAGUGCAAGCGAAGAAGCAUCUAUUUUCAAAGACAGAAACCUGAACAUCUCUAUGGGUGAUUUCUUCCUCGACUUUGACAUGGAUGUCCUGAUCGAGGCCUAUCGAGCCUUGCUGCGCACCAACGACACGGACUCGUCGGCAGCCUAUCGCAACUUAGUCCGUUCGACGUUUGAUGAAGACCCGCCAGGUUCCGUGGACGGCGCGGUGGUGGUGAUAGGGAUUCUGUACAGCCUCAUCAUGCUCGUGUGUGGCAUAGGCAACCUGCUGUUCCUCUUCGUGCUGCUCUACUACAAGCAGACCCGCAGCACGACCAAUCUUCUCAUAGGCAACCUGACUCUGUCGGACUUUCUGGUAGCCAUGAUAUGUCUACCGUUUAACAUGGACUACCAUGUCAUUCACAGUGAGCAGUGGCUCUUCGGACCGGCCAUGUGUGCUGUGGUCAACUUCUUGACCUUCGUGUCCCUUUAUGUGUCCACUCACGCCCUGCUAGCUAUUGCAAUCGACCGCUACUUCGUUGUCCAGGACGCCCAAAGACGACGGCUCCAUGUGGGUUGGACAUCACUGGUGAUCUGGAUGGUUGCCGUAGGGUUUGCAGUGCCGUCCAUUCUCUAUUCAGACGCACUUCCGUACCCCCACAGCGAUAAAGUCUACUGUGGGAUACUGUGGCCAAUAUCUUUACAGCACGUCUAUAAGGGAUAUCACAUCUUCCUGCUCAUUGGCGAGUUCCUUCUCCCCGUGGUUGUCAUGAGCGUGUUCUACUCAUUCGUUGUCUGUAAAGUCUGGCGCAGAGAGUUUCCAGGGCAACGGAACGCGUCACACGACCGCAUCCAGUCGCGCUCGCGCAAGAAGACCUUCCGUUUAUUUGCGCUCUUUGUGAUGUUCGUUCUUUGCUGGUCCCCGUAUCACGUUUACGCCGUUGUGAGAGACUUCUACUUCGGAACCCUCAUCAAGAUUUCGACCAGCCCGAACAUGUUCUACAUGGCGCAGGCAAUUGCAAUGAGCAACAGUCUCAUAAACACUAUAGUCUAUGUCGUUUUCAACGACAACAUCACAAAGUACAUCAAGAUAUUACCAAAGGACAGUUGGCAGUCGCUACAGCGCAUGUGCAGGAGAAGAAAGCGUGCCCAAUCGCGCGAACCUAGCAGAAGAACCCGACGCCUGCGCAGUGAGGAUUUCCAUUCAGGACUACACACCACGACCUCGCGAAACGGCAGUGUGCGCAUGACAGCCGUCACGAACGUCACCGUGGAGACGCGGGCAGAUGUGACCGUGACCGCUCUGUAG